AUGCUGUUGCCCGGUGCCCUGUUCAACUACCUGCGGCGCGUCAGCUUUCUCAAGGACGUGGUGGCCUCGGACCUCCAGAUGGACAGUGAGGUGGCCCAAAUGUCCUACGCGCACGGUGGCCGCGCGGCCUUUCUGGCCAGCGGGAACCCGGCCGUGCUGUGCCACCUGAACCUGAGCGCCUUCUCGAGGCCCGGCAACUACCGGUACACGGUGCACGACGUGCCGGUGGACGUGUGCACACACGUGGUGUUCCCGCUGCACGCCCUGGACGACUGGUUCGACGACAUGCUCAACUACGACGCCUACCAGCGGGCCCAGCACCCGACCCUGUACGGCAGCAUGAAGUACCUCAAGAAGAGGAAGGCAAUGCAGGUGCUGGUGUACGUUGACGCGGAGAAUGACGCCCACGGGCGGCGCCACCUGCUGGACUGGAUCGCGAGCGACAUGAGCAGCGACCAGCUCUCCCUGGUGUUCGCGCGGAACCUGGUUAAGUGGCUGCUCUCGAACCAGCUGCAAGGAAUCGUGGUCGAGGGCAUGUUUCCCGUGCCCGAGCCUGACCGCGCAGUCAUGAUACGGCUGCUAAAGAAGAUGCACACGCUCUUUAAGCAGGCCAAUCUGAUCCUCGUGGCUGUGAUGGGGGAGAAUUCCGAACUGACGCACCAAAAAGCGUUCGGCCAGCGGCUGAAGCCGUUCGUCGACUUCCUCGUCAUCCGGAACCGGAAGGAGCACGCGACUCUCUUCAGCCAGGUGUUGGAGGGACUUCCGGACUCGUCCGCCACCGCCGACGUCCCUCCGCAAGCCGGCCUGUCGCUGAUGGCGGUUCGCCAGGCGAUCCUGUCUGGGCUGCCUCCUCGGCAGCUGCUCGUCUCUCUCGAGAUGGACACGGCUACGCUGCGCGUAGAGGCAAACAAGACGCUGCCCGGACACGAAGGACCGCUGACUGGCACGCCUGGACUCCUGGCGUACUUCGAGGUGUGCGCUCUAUUCAAGGACAACACAUGGACAAACUCUAACGCGACCGAACUGGGCAAUCCGGUGGCCCUGAAAGAGGACGAAGCCGUGAGCUACGAGAGUGUGGACAGCGUGCGCCAAAAGGCAGCCUUAGUGCGCAACUACACGCUGGGUGGCAUCAUGCUGUGGGACGUCACGAGCGACGACUACAGAGCAGUCUGUGGCGAAGCGAACCCUCUCAGCACAGCCGUGGGCUCCGUGAUUGCCGGCGCUUAG